AUGGCAGGAAGGAGAGAUGCAGGUGUACAACCUGCAGAACCAUCACUCGCCCUCGAAGCUCAGCCUCACCACUCGCCCUCGAGGCUCACCCUCACCACUCGCCCUCGAGGCUCACCCUCACCAUUCGCCCUCAAGGCUUACCCUCACCAUUCGCCCUCGAGGCUUACCCUCACCACUCGCCCUCGAGGCUCACCCUCACCACUCGCCCUCGAGACUUACCCUCACCACUUGCCCUCGAGGCUUACCCUCACCACUCGCCCUCGAGACUUACCCUUACCACUCGUCCUCGAGACUUACCCUCACCACUCGCCCUCGAGACUUACCCUCACCACUCGCCCUCGAGACUUACUCUCACCACUCGCCCUCGAGACUUACCCUCACCACUCGCCCUCGAGGCUCACCCUCACCACUCGCCCUCAAGGCUUACCCUCACCACUCGCCCUCGAGGCUCACACUCACCACUCGCCCUUGAGGCUUAUCCUCACCACUGGCCCUCGGGGCUCACCCUCACCACUCGCCCACGAGACUUACCCUCACCACUCGCCCUCGAGGCUUACCCUCACCACUCGCCCUCGAGACUUACCCUUACCACUCGCCCUCGAAGACUUACCCUCACCACUCGCCCUCGAGACUUACCCUCACCACUCGCCCACGAGGCUUACCCUCACCACUCGCCCUCGAGACUUACCCUCACCACUCGCCCUCGAGGUUUCUCCUCACCACUCGCCCUCGAGACAUACCCUCACCAUUCGCCCUCGAGGCUCACCCAUCAUAACUCGUCCUUGA